CCUGCAGUUGUUCUGUGCCCUCCGGAGACAUUUUGAUUUUCAGCCGAGCUGGACUGCAACUCAGCUGUCCGCUAGCAGGCAAAUUCAGUUAAGGUACACAAAAUGUCCAACUCUGCUGACCUGCGCAAUCGUGAGGCACGGUUUGUUCAUCUAUCAUGAACAGUUUCAUCUUAGCAGCAGGCCUAGAAAACUAAAAUGUCCGAUCUUGUCGAGACAGCCCAAGGUUUUGAAGAGUAACUAGUGAUUCGAAGUGCCUAAAUUGAGAGUCAUUAAAUGGAUCUGACUGUUCUUGGCACUUCACCGGCAGGCAAGUUUCUUUGGAUGCCGCAUCAAGCCUUGCCUGCCUAUGUCCUUAGACCGAGCUGGCUACAACCAAAGACACUGCACUGUAUCUCAAGCUGGGGAUUCAGAGCAUCACAGCUUGCUUGGCCACGGGGUCUCCACUCUUUCCAGGGGUCAUGGACCCACGGUCUAGUCGAGAUCCCGAGCAAGAUGGCAUUUUUAUCAGAGAAAGACUUCCAAAAAAGAAGUGGAAAGGAGAUGCAAUGGGAACAAGAGGAGGAGUUAAGAAAGGAAAUCGGCAUCUUUAAAGAUAUGAGAGUCUGUCUCCAGAGGCUGAAUCCAAUAUGGCCUAAAGAGAAUUCUGGCAAUGUUUCUGGCCUGGGACAGUCCAGAAGAAGAGAGCUCCUGCGUGUGUCAAAGAAAGGCUUGCAAAAAAGAAGUGGAAAGGAGAUGCAAUGGGAACAGGAGGAGGUGUCAAGGAAGAAAUGUGGCAUCCUGAAAGAUGUGAGAGUCUGUCUCAGGAGGAUGAAUCCAAUAGAGUCUAAAGAGAAUUCUGGCAAAGCUACUGCCCUUGGAAAGGUGGCAACUACCAGAAAAGAGUAGAAGAGAAAGAUGGCAAAGGAAGUGACUCGUUUGAUGGAAUGAAGGGAUGAAACAGAGGAAGAGUAGCAAAGUGUUUAUAAUAAAUAGAAGGCAAAUAGCCUGAAAAAAACUGUAAAAAGUUUAAAAUUGUGCUGAAUAUGGUGGUAAUAAAUGUUUGGCUUCUUCA